UCCAGGUGGUAUGCUUGCAAUUAAUCUCCUAGUUGUGUUUAACGCUUUGUUGAAAGCAGUGGUUAUUUUUUUGUUUCAACAAAAUGUGGUCCAUUUUUCUGAUAGCAAUCAUAAUCUUCAUCGGAACCCUAAUUUUCUGGCAGUACCGUGCACGAUAUCGUUUCGCAGAUGAGUGGCCUACCAUGCAACCGGUUUACCCUAUAGUGGGAAACGCUCCCGCCAUGAUGGGUAGAACCGUUAUUGAACGAUUUGAGCUGAUGCGGGAUGUGUGCAUCUCGGCUGAAAGAAUUCUGAAAGUAUGGGCUGGACCUAAGCUGCUAUUGGUGACCAGCCAUCCAGAUCUGAUUCAACAAAUUUUAAACAGUUCGGUGUGUUUGGAGAAGCCGUAUCUGUAUCGGUUCGCCGGAUUCGAACAAGGACUGUUCACAGCUAAGUAUCACGUCUGGAAAGGAGCUAGAAAGCGAAUCAACCCUAGUUUUAACCUACGGAUCAUCCACGGAUUUGUACCAAUAUUUGCAAAAUGUGCUCAAAAGAUGGUUGACCGUCUGAAUGAAUGUGCCGACGGAGCUACAAUUAACAUACACAAGUAUACGGCUCUAUGCACGUUAGAGAUGGCCUGUGGUACGACGAUGGGUAUUGAUGUCCUGCAAAGUGAUGGAAAAGAAGAAUUCGAGCAUGGAUUAGAUGAAGCAUUCAAUGGUGCGGCGAUAAGAAUGACGACAGUAUACUUGUAUCCCGAUAUCAUAUACAAGUUAACUCGAUACUAUAAGGAAUUGAAGAAAGCUAGAAAAAUUGUCUGCGAUUUCUUCAUAAAGUUGAUUAUAGAGAGGCAGCAUUACCUACAACAGAAUAACUCCAACUCCAACACCAAUGAUGACGAUAAAGAUGCUGUUGAAGACUGCUACAAACCAAAAAUUUUGGUCGAUCAACUCUUGACCAGUUCUGUCGAUGGAAAAAUGUUCAAUCAAGAACAAAUCAUAGAUAACGUUUAUGCGGUUAUUACUGGGGCUGUCGACACCACCGGAUUACUCACGGCCCAUGCGUGCCUCUUUCUCGCAUUCUACCCGGAAAUUCAGGACCGCUUGUUUGCCGAAAUCAAUGAACACUUCCCGAGCACAUGUGAUGAACUCGAAAUAACCCAUGAAAAACUCAAGCAGCUAACCUACACCGAAAUGUUCCUGAACGAAGUGCAACGCCUCUGGACGGUCGUGCCGGCGAUUGCUCGGCAGAACAUUUCUGAAAUCGAGAUCGAUGGAAUCAAAGUGCCGCCAGGUAAUACUUUCGGGUUGAGUUUAUAUGCGCUGCAUCGGAGGCGGGACAUCUGGGGACCGGAUGCCGAACGGUUUGACCCGGAGAAUUUUACCGAAGAACGGGUCAAGAACCGCCACCCGUUUGCGUUUCUUCCAUUCAGUGGAGGAAGUAGAAUUUGUUUAGGCUGGCGAUACGCAUCUUUCAGCACGAAAACUGUGAUGGUUCAAUUGAUCAAGAAUUUUAGAUUUUAUACGAAGAUUAAGCAAGAGGAUAUUCGUUUUAAGCACGACUUAACGUUGAAACUACCGUUUGAGCACUUGGUACAAAUUACAAAACGAAACUCAGUUUUAAAUUGA